AUACUUUUUCGGCCUUAGUUUCUAGAAAGUCAGAACUAUUGAAAGCCGAUAACAAAUUAGGCCCACUUGAACAUAAGCCCAAUUCGGAAAAAAGGGCAUAAGCUGGCGUCUGGUUCUUGCUGCUUGUCAACCAUUCCAAAGAUGCAUUCAAUUUCAAUUUCUUCCAAAACCUUUAAUAUUUUAAUUUCAACUAUAAAAUACAACUUCUUCACUCUUCAAUUUUACAGUAAGUUCAGAUUCAAAUUACGAUCCAAGAUUUUUUUUAACUUUGAAUUUCGUUUUCCUUUCCGUUUUCCAUGGCAACGAGAAACCGGACGGCGCUGUACAAAAAGAAAAGAGAUGCAUCAAUGAGCGUGCGUGCUCCACUCUCUUCAUCGGAGUCCGGUUCGACCGGCCCCGUUAUUGAAAUGGUGAGCGGUUCGUUUCUUCGCUCCAAUCACUCUUCUUAUACUCCUCUUAGCACUGAAGAUCCUGGCCCUUCUAGUAGAGAAGCAUUUACAGUAGGUCUACCACCAGCAUGGGUGGAUGACUUUGAAGAAAUAUCAGUGAAUAUUCAACGUGCUCGGAUAAAGAUGGCAGAAUUAGUCAAGGUUCAUGCGAAGGCUUUAAUGCCAUCCUUUGGAGAUGGCAAAGAAGAUCAACGUACAAUAGAGGUUCUUACGCAUGAGAUUACCGGUUUGUUAAGGAGGUCAGAGCAGAGAUUACAGAAAAUUUCUCUGAUUGGCUCUUCAGAGGACUCAAAUAUCAGAAAAAAUGUACAGCGCUCUCUUGCUACAGAUCUUCAGACACUUUCAAUGGACCUCCGGAGAAAACAAUCAACAUAUUUGAAACGCUUGCAGCAGCAAAAUGAGGGACAUGAUGGUGUUGACUUGGAGAGGAACUUUAAUGUGAACAAAGUGAGAUUUGAAGACGAUGGAUCUAGUGAUGUGGGUUUUGAUGAGCAUCAGAUGAUGAAGUUAAAAAGGAGUGAGCAAUUCAGUGAGGAAAGAGAGAGAGAGAUCAAACAGGUUGUGGAAUCUGUAAAUGAGCUUGCUCAAAUUAUGAAAGACCUAUCUGUUCUUGUAAUAGACCAGGGUACAAUUGUUGAUAGGAUAGAUCACAACAUUCAGAAUGUUGCUACCUCAGUUGAGGAGGGCUAUAAACAGCUGCAGAAGGCAGAGAAAACCCAAAAGAAGGGAGGAAUGGUCAUGUGUGCGACAGUGCUUGUUAUUAUGUGCUUCAUCAUGCUAGUGCUCUUGAUCCUCAAAGAGUUACUCUUGUAAAUCAUGAUCAUGAUCGUAUUACUGUUAAUGAUUUUAGUCUGUUUACAGUGACAUGUUUUGUUGGGAAAAUGCAAUGAUCUCCUAAUCUACUGAGAGAAAUUUUGAGUAUAGCCUGAGAUAUUUAUGAUCCACAUUGAUUCUAAGGUUGGAGCAUAUAUUCCUUAUUUCACCAUUACCCAUGGCUAAGAAUGUUUGAAUUAGGAGCGAGUUCAUCAUUUAUAGGCCUCCCAUCCCCUCUUGUGAAGAUAUAUCUGUUCAUAAUACAAUUCGUUGCUGCAAAUAUCAUUUUAGUGAAAAUUAAAAGUAAGGAUGCAAUUCAGUUUCGGUAUGGAAGAUGUGUAUGAGCUCCAGCUUUCUUGAUGCAAUGACUGAUGUUGUAAAGCCGCGAAGAUGCUAUUGUGUGGGCAACGUUUUCUUCUUCAUGAGGGAUUUCUUAAUGUUUGAAUCCAGUAAUUUAUAAAUAUGCUGUUGUUCGGUUGAAUGGAGACAUCAUUGAUCUGUACAUUUAAUUUCUUAUUGAGAAUUAAUUUCAUACUGAGUAGUUUAUGUG